AUGCCGAAAGCCACGCGUUUUUCCCCCGCAGCGGGUCCCAAACGCGAAUGUGCAGCCAGCACGGAUUGUGCAGCCUUCUCGGGCAGCGAACAUCUGAGCUGCACAGAGCAGCCCGCGUGGAAAAGCAGCAAGCUGAACAGAGUGGCGGGGACAGUGGCGUCCCCCGCGGCGACCGCAGCGGCACUGGCAGCCCAGGCCACCCCAGCGGCCGGAGCAACCCCCGAGGCAACCUCCACCACACCGGCUGCUCAGCGGACUGCGAGCUGUGGCGGUAGAACCCGCUACAGCAAUCCCCAUCACCGUCGGGUGUUGAAUUCUUUUGCCUUUCUCUCUCUCGGUCCACUUCCCUCUACUCACACAGGCUACAGUCACCGGAUAUGCCCCGCGCAGUCCACGCGGUCUGAGCCGGGCUGCCACUGCGGCGCGCCGGCGGAGGGGCGAGAGAGCGCCGUUCUCCCGCGGCCUGGGCACCGGCAGCCCCUCCUUCUGGCGAUGAUGUCAGUCCCUGCCCGGCUCGACGGCCCGGAGGACGGUGGGCAGCUCGCCCCGGCCGGGAGCCCGGGCGGCCCUCCCCCGCGCGCUCCCUCCGCGCAGCCGCCGUCGCCGCCUUUCGGCCACCUUCCCGCGCUGGUACCCCGGGCCCCGCCUUCCGCGCUCCUCGGGUCCCGGGAGGCGCGCGCGACGCGGGGGACUCCACUGCGGGCCGCGCCGGGGCCGGUGGCGGGCCCGGGGGGGUCGGACGCAGGUUUCGGGGCUUCCCAGGCCGUUUUCCCCCUUUGCCCUGCCCCCGUCCUCUCUCCUUUUUAUCUUGCACCUUCAGGAUCCACUGUGAAUGGACUUAUUCAGCGGCUUUCUAGAGGGCAAGUCCUUACGGACGGGAACACGGGCAGCGCAGCCGUCCCCCAGAACCGAAGCUUCCUGUCCCGGACGUAUAUUUUUGCGGCCCUCCUGGUAUGCAUCACGUUCCAGUCCGGUGCCCAGAUGAAACAGUAUUUCAUUCAGGAGGAACUGCCGGACAACAUCCUGAUCGGCAACCUGAUGAGAGACCUCAACCUGACGCUCAUGCUCAACGUGUCCCUCAAGAUCCCCUUGAACUUCAAGCUGGUGUACAAGCUUGGGGAGCUGCCGCUGGUCCGAAUCCAGGAGGACACCGGGGACAUCUUCACCACUAACGUCAACAUCGACCGGGAGGUCCUAUGCCCUGAGAUCGUCAAUAACGCCGAUUGCUUUUAUGAAGUGGAGGUGGCCAUUUUGCCGGAUGAGAUAUUUAAACUGGUUAAGAUACGUUUUGUGAUAGAGGAUAUAAACGACAACGCGCCGUCGUUCCCGACGACGAUCAUCAACAUAACUGUGCCGGAGAACUCGCUCAUAGGUUCUCGCUACUCUGUCCCGGCGGCCUCGGAUGCGGACAUAGGGAUAAACGGAGUCCAGAACUACUCCUUGCUUGCGGGUCGGAGUGCUUUUGGGCUUGGCGUCGGCGUGGCACCCGAUGGACAGAAGGUUCCACAACUGGUUGUUCUGAAGCAGUUGGAUAGGGAAGAGAAGGAUGUGUAUAUAAUGAAACUGAAGGUCGAAGACGGUGGCAUGCCUCAAAGAUCCAGCACCGCCAUUCUGCAAGUCAAGAUUCUGGAUGUGAAUGAUAACCAUCCAGUGUUCGCGCAGGAUGAGAUUGAAGUCAACAUACCAGAAAACGCUCCCGUGGGCGCCUCCGUGGUGCAGCUCCACGCCACAGACGCCGACAUAGGGGAAAAUGCCAUCAUUCACUUCUAUUUCAGCAACCUCCUCCCCAUCCAGGCCAAGCGGCUGUUUGACCUCAACAGCAAGACGGGGCUGAUCACAAUCAAACAGCCCCUGGAUAGGGAGGAGUCGCCAAGCCACAAGUUGCUGGUUUGGGCAAGCGAUGGUGGGCUGUCGCCCGCAAGAGCCCUGGUGCGAGUGAACGUGCUAGAUGUCAACGAUAAUGCCCCGUCGAUUGAUAUCCGCUACAUCGUCAACCCGGUCAAUGGCACUGUGGUUCUUUCCGAGAACGCUCCAGUCUACACCAAGAUUGCUCUGAUAACUGUGACGGAUAAGGAUGCUGGCAACAACGGCAGGGUGAUCUGCUUCAUGGAUCAGAAUGUCCCUUUCCGAUUGCGGCCAGUGUUCACCAACCAGUUCCUCCUGGAGACAAAUGCGUUGCUGGACUUCGAGGCCACGAAAGAGUAUGCCAUCCAACUAAUGGCCACGGAUGCCGGGCAGCCUCCUCUGAACCAGUCAUCCAUGCUCCUGAUCAAAGUCAAAGACGAAAACGACAACGCUCCCGUGUUCACCCAGCGUGUCAUAACUACGUCUAUUCCCGAGAAUAACUCUCCGGGCUCCCAGGUGACAAAAGUCACUGCGACAGAUGCGGACGCCGGGCGUAACGGUGAAAUCAGUUACGUGCUAGGCGCCGACGCACCCCCCGAAUUCGAGCUGGACUAUCGCACGGGCAUGCUGACUGCGGUGACGGCACUGGACAGAGAGAAGCAGGGGAAAUACCACCUCACGGUUCUGGCGAAAGAUAACGGUGUUCCGCCCUUAGUAACCAACGCCACGGUGAUCGUGAGAGUUCUCGAUCAAAACGACAACGUGCCCGUUUUCUCUCACGAAGAGUACAAUUUCUAUGUCCCAGAAAACCUUUCUAGACACGGCACAGUCGGGCUAAUCAAUGUGUCUGAUCUCGAUGACGGCGAAAAUUCUGUGGUCACUCUGUCCAUUGUAGGCGUGAAUGACGAGUUCACCAUCGACCCACAGACCGGUGUCAUCCGACCCAACGUUUCCUUUGACAGAGAAAAACAAGAAUCUUACACUUUCUAUGUAAAGGCUCAGGAUGGCGGGAGGGUACCGCAGUCCGCCACUGCCAAAGUGACCAUCAACGUGGUCGACGUCAACGACAACGUGCCCGUGUUUGUGGCCCCUUCUUCCAACUACUCCUUCCAACUGGUCCUCCCGUCCACGGAUCCGGGCACAGUGGUCUUCACGGUCCGUGCUGUGGACAACGACACCGGCAUUAACGCACAGCUUCUUUACACCAUCGUUGAAGGGAACGCGCGAGGCCUGUUCGUGAUUAACGAAACGACAGGCGACAUCACGAUGAAGAACAAAGCCGUGCGCACAGACCGCGGCUUGCACAGACUGGUAGUCAAAGCCAAUGACCUAGGGCAACCCGACGCUCUCUCCAACGUCGUCGUGGUCAACCUGUUUGUGAAUGAGUCGGUGAGCAACGCCACACUGAUUCACGACCUGGUGCGCAAGAAGGCCGCGACUCCGGCCAUCCCAGACAUCGAGAUAACCGAUGCCUCCUCCCCAUCCGAUGACUAUCUCAAGAUCGUGAUCGCCACCGCGGUCGCCAGCACAGCCGUCGCCCUGGUCAUCGUGAUCAUCGUCAUAGUGCGAUGCUACCAGCCAGCACACCUUAAGGCUGCCAAGAAAAGCAAGCAGAGCUCUGAGUGGGUCACGCCAAACCCAGAAAACAGGCAGAUGAGCAUGCUGAAGAAGAAGAAGCAGAAGAAGAAGAAGCAGCAGCAGCAGCAGCCCCCGAAGAACUUGCUGCUUCACUUCGUCAACAUUGAGGACAGCAAGUCGGAUGACGCCGACGACGACGGACACAGCACCACCAUAGACCUUCCCACUGAGCUGGAGGAGGAAACCAUGCGCAAGUACGACUGGGGCACCGUGCCCACGACGUUCAAGCCCGACAGCCCUGACCUGGCCCGCCAUUACCAAUCCACGUCGCCGCAGCCGGCCUUCCAGAUCCAGCCCGAAACGCCCCUGAGCUCCAAGCACCACUUCAUCCAGGAGCUGCCUCUGGACAACACCUUCGUGGCUUACGAUUCCAUCUCCAAGUGCUCCUCCAGCAGCUCGGACCCCUACAGCGUGUCCGAGUGCAGCUUUCCACUGACCACCUUCAAGGACGUGGUGUCCGUGCACGCCAGACCGCCCACGAAGGACGUUGUCAGAGCCCGCACGCCCAUGAGGGAGACCACCACCACCGUGGAGAUCUUGGUGCAUCCAGAGCCACAGCAGAAAUCCGAGGGGAAAAAGGCAGGAAAGUCCCAGCGGCGCGUCACGUUUCACCUGCCCGAAGGCUCUCAGGAGAGCGGCAGCGAGGGCGGCCCGGGAGAGCUGGAGGCCGCAGGCGGGGCGCACGCCCUGCCCCUGCACUACCGGCGGGGGGAGGACUUCUACCGCGCAGCGCCCAGCAGCCGCACCGAGGGCGACGGCAACUCCGAUCCCGAAUGCACUUUCAUUCCUGGACUAAAGAAAGCCGCAGAGAUAACCGUGCAGCCGACCUUGGAGGAGGUGUCGGACACCUGCACGCAGGAGUGCCUGAUCCUGGGCCACUCCGACGCCUGCUGGAUGCCGGCCGCCCUGACCCGGGCCAGCCCCUUGCACGUGCAGGCCGCCGUUCCGCGCCACAGCCCGCCGCUGACCCUGACCUCUGCUCACCACCAGCACCGCCGCAGCCCUCCGGCGGCCGAGUUCAUCAGCCUGUCUCACAGCCCGCCUCUGCCCGCCUCCGCUCACCACGCCAGCCCUCCCCCGGGCCAGGCCGCCGCGCCCCAGCACAGCCCUGCGCAGCCAACGGAUGAGUCCGCGGAAGGCAUUGCCUUGAAAACCUUCACGGCAGGCCGACAGGCCAGAGCCCCACGGGAUGAUGAACAUCCCUUCUAA